CUGAGACUUGCAACAACCUCAAAAUCAAGCAUGAAAAUUGCUCCCUUCCUGCCUUGCUAAUCAUUGCUGCAUCCGACCUUUUGAGAGAAGCUCCAGUCAGUCUCUAGAUACUAGACUGACUAGCAACUACCAUCAUCCUAUAAACCUCGAACCGCGCCGUCCCCUAGUCUUUUUUCUUUCACCCCGCGGCCUGUCAUCCGACGACGGCCGGCGACAGGCGACGUCGCCAUGGUUCAUCCCAAACCUAGUAGCGCGGUAGUCGCGUCUACGACCACGACGGCCGCCUCAAAUGUCGCCUCUUCCUCUAAUCGCCGUCCACCACCGCGCAUGAACUCGGGCUCGUUCCACGCCGGCGCGCCCUUCCCGUCAUUGAACUCGUACUCCGAAGCGCCUCUGAGAUCCCCCCGCUCCAAUCGUCGCCGACCGUCCAGCUCCCAAGGUUACCAAACCUUCCCGACAGCUCCUCCAAAGACUCCUCGAGAUGCCGAGCGCACGUUUGACGAUUUGGUGGCAUCUGAAGACACAGCAAGCUCGAGCUCUGACGAUGAAGAGGACCCCACAGUCACGCCUUUACCUCUCAAGCAGCUGGCCUUGCUAGCUCUGCUAAGCCUGGCGGAACAGACUGCUCUCAACUCCAUCUCUCCAUACCUGCCCACCAUGGUGCGCAACUUUCCCGAUAUACCAGAGUCACAGACUGGACUGUAUGUGGGGCUUGUGGCGUCCGCCUUUGCCCUUGCUCAGUUGGCGACGAAUCUGAUUUGGGGGGCAAUGUCGGACCGCAUCGGCAGGAAGCCAGUCUUGCUACUUGGUACGGCCUUGUUGGCCGCGUGCUUUAGUGUUUUUGGACUAUGCACCAAAUACUGGCACGUGGUGUUGGUGCAGGUGGCGAUGGGUCUGCUGAAUGGCAACGCUGCCGUCGUGCCGACCUGUUUGGGUGAGCUGACGGAUCGGAGUAACCAGAGCAGUGCGUUUACAUGGCUGCCAGUAAUGUACAGCAUCGGAAGCAUCACAGGGCCGGCUCUCGGUGGGCUCUUGAUACCGGAUGAUGUUGCAGACUCCAUGUACCCUUUUCUGUAUCCCAAUGUGGUGUCUGCCGCCUUGUUGGUGUUUGCGGUGAUAGUAUUGUCCAUUUGGUAUGAGGAGACGCUGGAGGAGUAUGACCACAACGCUGAGUUCCCCGGGCUGGGGUGGAUGCGCUGGCUCAAGGAGCGCAUCUGGCGCGACCGGUCCGCAAGAGUGCGCAACGGUAGCUGGAGCUCAAGGUGGCCGACAAGGAGCCAUGGUCAAGUGGCAGGUGACGACGACAGUGGCGAAGACUCUGGAGUUGAAGACCCUCUCUUGUCAAGUCACACAACCCAAGAUAGCAGUGCGCAGCAGACUCUUGUAGGGUCACCUCGCCGAAGCUCAGGCGAUACCAAGAACCAUCACGACACCAAUUCGCAAAUGUCGGUUUUCCGCCAGCUGCUCAACCACCGAACAGUUUUAGUGCUUGCCACCUACUUGGUAUUUCAACUCUCCAACAUUUCCUUCAACAGCCUGUACCCCAUUUUUGCGUCGUCGCCGGGUCCAACUGGUAGGGACAUGAACCCUGAAACGAUUGGGUUGAUCCUCAGCUUCGCGGGUUUCAUGACCAUUGCCUUUCAAAUCUCAAUCUUUCAGCCUAUCAAGGCACGCAUGGGAAACCUUCGCAGCUACCGGUAUGCCCUGAUGGGUCUAGCAAUCAGCAUGGCGCUGAUGCCCUGGGCUGGCUUCACAGGCGGUGAUGAAGAUCAGCCGCCAUUUGGAAUCGGGUCGGCAAGCAACUGGCUGUACGCCGAGAUGGCCGUGGUACUUGUCAUAAAAAACAUUUGCGCAGUCGGCGGGUUGAGCAGUGUAAUGCUGUUGAUCACCAACUCAGCGCCAUCUCAUGAAACACUCGGCACACUCAACGGUAUCGCGCAAACUUUGUCAGCUGCGGGACGAAGCGUUGGCCCCUUUGUGUCUGGCGGCAUUUUCACCCUUUCAAGUCAAGUGAGGCCGCGCGGCGAGCUGGUGGCGUGGGGUGUGUUUGGAGGUAUCGCGCUGCUGGGGUGGUUUGGGACGUUGGCUAUAAGGGGUGAGGGCUUGGAAAGUGCCGAUUGGGUAGGAGAAGAAGAAAGUGACGAAGCCGAAGUGGAUACAGAGGCUGGACUGUAA